AUGGUCUAUGGGGGCAAGCCAAGUACCGGAUGUUACCUGUGUCGCAAGCGGAAGAUAAAGUGCGAUGAAGCGCACCCGGGGUGCCGCAAUUGCAGCAUCUAUGGCCGUCCAUGUCCAGGCUAUCGGCCCGAUGCUGUCUUCCGCAACGAGAACAGUAAAGUAGAGCGUCUGGUGAAAAGCGGCUCAGCCGUUAAUUCGGACGCCCACAGUAACCAUGAUAGCCAAGUCACCAGCGUCUCGAGCGCGGACUCGUCUGCAUUGUCAUUGUCCAGUCCACGCAGGCGACACGCAACCUCCCAUGCGAAACACCAUGGAAAGUCUGCGCUGACGCUGUACUCGCCCGCCGAUGCCAGCUGGGACCAGCGUGCGCUGUGUUACUUCUUCGAUCAGUACACUAUCAAAGCCGAUGCCGAAGAGCCCGGACAUCUGGACUAUCUGCCUCCGCUGUAUGCGCGUGAACUCGGUCGUCAGAGCGGCGAAACGCCGUCGUCGUGUUUGAAAUGGGCGGUUGAUGCUACGGCGCUGAUGACUCUUGCUAAUGCGAAGAAUGCGCCUCCGCUUAUGAUCAAGGCAAGGCAGCGGUAUGGACGUGCUUUGCGGAGUGUGCGGGAGGCGCUGGCGUCGCCGGCCCUUGCGGCGAAGGAUGAGACGUUCGCUUCGGUUGUUUUACUGUCGCUUUAUGAGGAUAUCGCGGGUGAACGAAAUGGCUUGUUCAGCUCGCAUACUGCGGGCUUUGAGUUCCUGACGAAGCUUCGUGGUAACGCGCAGAUGACUCAUAAGCGUGGGAGGGAUAUGUUUCAUUUUGCUUAUACACAUACGUACGUUGAAAUCCUCGCCUUGGGAGAUAAACCCCGCUUCGAUCUCGACUGGGCUCUCGGCAUGCUGGACAACAGCAACCCAGUCGAGCGACUCAUCAUCGGCGCAUCAGAAAUAUGCCACUUAUACGGAUCUAUCCGAUUCGCAUCAAAACUCCCAGAUCAAGCAUCCGUCGAAUCGUGGAUCACAGCCGGACGCGAAUGUGAUCUAGAACUCUCCCGAUGGACAGAGACGCUUGCAGACCGCUGGCUCCCGCUCGUCGUCUACUCCUCCCAGGGUGAGCCCCUAUUAACCUACAACCGGCUCUCCACCGCGGUUAUCUGGAACUACUACCGCGCCGUGCGCGUCAUGCUCCAGCAGCUCCUCCUCGAGCUAAAUCGCACACUCGCUACCAUUAAAGCGGCCAAUAAGCAACCCUCGUCUGCCAAGGCGAGUGAUACACCGUCUGAGUCCGCGCUCGACGAGGAAGGUGUGCGGGCAGUCAUCCGCGAAAUGACAACGGACGUCUGUCGGAGUAUUCCAUUUGCAUUGGCGGAUGUCGACUCCCUCGGCCGUCCUAAUAAUAAGUCUGAGGGCGCGUGGCAAAUGCGCGCUGCACAGGGCUAUGGCUUGCUUUGGCCUUUGUGGUAUAUUCUUUCCUGUGGGAUGCCGACUCCCGUGCAGGUCGAGCAGAUCCGCACUGUGUUGAUGCAUGUAGGGUCUACGCUGGGGAUCAAGUUGGCGUGGGUUCUUGCGCGUGAGGCGGAGCGUAUGAGGGAAGAACAAGACAUGCAAUGGGUGAAUGGUUGA